AUGUUUAGUUUUUGCAAUUUUCUUAAUACUAAGACAUUGACUGAACAGAAACCUAUUCUGUAUGGAGAUGAAAUUUCGCCGCCGGUAAGAUUUGUUUUAAUGACAGCAUCCAUUUUAAAAAUCGAUAUGGAUUUCCAAAAAAUCGAUUUAUUUAAAACGGAAAAUAGAAGCGAAUUUUUUAAAAAGAUAAAUCCUCUACAAAAAGUACCAGCUAUGGUUACAAAUGAUACAAAUGUAUGUGACAGCCAUGCUAUUGCUAUAUAUUUCUGCCAGCUUGUCAAUGACUAUUCCCUGUAUCCAGAGGAUCGUGUACAAAGAGCAAAAAUAAAUCAAAUAUUAUUCUUUAACUCUAGCACUUUGUUUCGUAUAGAUAGUGAAUUGAUGAGUACAUUUUUUGCGGGGCACUGGCCCAUGGGUGAAAUGAAACUAGAAGAAUGGUACUCAGCUUUGGAUUUUUUAGAGUUUCUCUUGAAUAAAAAUAAUUGGUUAGCAGGAAAUAAGAUUCAUUUAUGCGACAUUUGUGUUGUGACGGUAGUGACGUCUAUGUGUUUAUUGGUUCCACUAACACAACGACACCCUAGGGUACAACAAUGGGUUAAGCUUUUUGAAAGCUUACCUUUUUAUGAUAUUAAUAAACGAGGAUUAUGUGCUUUAAAUAAUUAUAUAAUGGCGAUGAAGAUU